AGCCAAUCAACUCGUCCCCUCCAAUUAGCAAAGGUCUCUUAAGGUUACUGUGCCUUCAGUCUCCCCUCGCAACCGCAUUUUGCUUUGGAUUUGCUUGGUUUUUUUCUCUUUGGAUCUUUCCUUCCAAACAAAAGGCAAUACGGGAAAAAGAAAAAAAGAAAAUCAACGACGGAGAGAAAAAAACGAAAACAAAUACAAAAAGCAAGAGAAUAAGCGCCCCACUAUCGACCCAUGACCAAAGUCCCCUGGCUUUCGUAGAACAAGCUCGACACAAAGUCGCUUUCAGUCGAGUCUUUUUUUAUUUUUUAUUUUUUUUACUGCAACAAACAAAGUACCUGCUUGCCCCUCACGAAAGAAAUCGCCGAACCUCGCAUUCCCAACUUCAGACCACGGAAGCCUACCCGACCCAACGCUGCGACCCCAACUACCAAACGGCACUUUCUUGUCACAGUCAUCUAUCCAGUCUCCAAGAUGAACCCCCAUCAGAAGAACAAGAUUGAUAUCACUUCCCUCUCCCCGGAGGAACAGCGGCUCUUCCGUCUGUACGGCAAGCUCCCAUCCAAGUCGGAUCACUUUGCCAAGCACCUCAAGGAGCGCAAGUACUUUGACAGCGGCGACUACGCCCUCUCCAAGGCCGGCAAGGCCGACUCGGUCGACGCUGGCUCCGUCGGCUCCCAGCACCCCGUCCCCGAGAACAUCCCCCACCUCUCGUCGCCCGUCAACGGCGCCGGCUCCAGCGGCCUCAUCCCCAACCUGCAGGCCACCGGCGGCCGCGAGCAGCAGCAGGCCUCGAGGAGUCCCGUCAAGGAGGGCAGCUUUCUGCACCGCGAGACGAGCGCCGACGACGACGACUCCGCCAGCAACGACGUCGCGGAGAACAAGGUCGCUGCCGAGGCCGUUGGUGACGCGACCGCCGCUGCUGCUGCGGCUCAGACUGGCGGAAAGACCGAAGAAAUUCCCAUCCGCAGGUAGGGGGAGCGCCUUUAAUGGGCUUCUUUUUCUUAUCGCGGUUAUUUGACGAGGAUGGAUUUUCUAAAUGGCUUCUAUCGGGCUUGACGAGGGAUGACGAUGUUUACGAAACGAAUACAGCUGCUUCGAUGCUGCAAACCUGCUACCAAUGCUUUUCAUGACGAUGGACUUGGUUGCUCUCUCUUUUUCUUUUUUCUCUUUUUUUUCUCUUUGAUCUCUUCAUUAUCGAAAUGCAAAUUCGAGAAUAACUCUCUGUUUUUGCGUGUGGAUCUAUCUCUUCCUAUCGAAUUUCCGGAUAGGAAAGGCACAAAACUGUCCAAGGCGUCUGGCUUCUUUUUUUUUUCUGGGAUUGGGAAAGUCGAGGUGAUGCCUUGGCAUGUAGACACCUCUGUUUUGGUGGCUCGUACAGAACGAUAUGCAGCUUUAGCGCUUCUCGCAUUCUAUGGGCAUACCUGUCACAUUUAUCAUGGAGGAGCGCUCUUGUCUUGCAAAUUUGUCUGCCCUUUCUUGGCGAUGGAUAUGCUUCUGAGCUUGAUGUGGCAUAAUCGGACGGAAAGCGCUUCAGGGCUUGUCAAGUUGUCUUUGUUCAGGUAUCUUGUUUCUAUAAAAAAAAGAGACAAAUUGUCCAUCGCUUUUGUCGUCUCCAGUCAUACCAUCCUCUCAACCAUGCCCCGCAGCUCAUGCCAGUUCAAGUGCCUUCUGGGCC